GAAAUGGCGACAAAAGCACCAGAUGAAGUCAGUGCAGUUGUGGACGAAUUGGCAGAAGGACGCCAAAUGACAGAUGACAACUCUACUUUGGUGGACGAGAUGGCAGAUGUUGCAGAUGCCCUUGCUGAAAUCAGGAAUCAUGAUUUAUUAGCAGUUGACUGCGAGGGGGUCGACCUGGGGAGGACUGGCGAACUGACUGUUCUAACCAUGGCCACACCAGACAAAACUUUCAUCUUUGACAUUUUGAAACUGGGAAAGCAGGUAUUUGAUGACGGCCUUUGUGAUAUCCUUGAAGAUAAAACCAAGGAGAAACUGAUGUUUGACUGUCGUGGUGAUGCGGACAUUCUCCAUCAUCAAUUCCAAGUAAAUCUUGGCGGGGUACUUGACCUUCAACUUCUUGAGGUAAUGCACAGGAGAAAGUCCUCAUUGCCCUUAGGGACAUCUACAUCAGUUUCUCGCAGAUCUGCAUCUGGUUCUCGCAGAAGCACACAAACUGAUGACGUAGAAAGCGUCUAUGGAUUAUUACGUUGUGUAGAGCUCUACAUGGGUAAUAAGGAAAUGAUAAAGAAAAAGAAGAGUGGCACGGCCAUGUUAGAAAUAAAUAAGGGUAUAUGGAAGAUUAGACCGUUGUCGGACAUUCUAAAAUCUUACUGCUGCAUAGAUACAUCCGGAUUGUUCAGUCUGUACGAGAAGUUGAAGGGUGUUGGUGAUUUUCUGCCUCGUCUUCGAAUCGCAUCAAGCCGUUACGCUGACUACUUCCGUUCCAUGCCGGUGAGAACAUAUGGACUGUAUGAAAACCACGCAUAUCUACCAUUGGAUAUCAUUCCAGAUGAAGGUUCCGCAGGUUUGCCAUUCGCCUCGACCAAAUGCGUUGGCUGUCGUCGACUUUUUCCGGGAGAAGAAUUCAGCAAGACACAACUUCGCAAGGGGGAUCAAAAGUGUCGUGUCUGUAAGAAGGUGAAGUUAAAGUCAGACGUGCAGAAAAACAGAGAAGAUAACUGGCUGCGCGAUGAGGAAUGCACUCCCCCACUUUACUACUCCUCUGACGAAGACAGAUGGACCAAUCCUUACGAAGAUGACUACUGUGAUCGUUACAAUGACGACGAUUACGGGGGCUAUUUUGACGAUGACGAUUGGUAGUGUCCGUUAUGAGGUCUCAAGCAACUUACCACCACUGAUUUUCGUACAUACACGAAAGAGACAAAAAGAAAGAAUCUAUAUAGCAGUUCGCAAGCACUUAUUAGAUUUCAAGUAGAAAACUAGCAACACCAUCAUUUACAUAUUUUGAUAGUGUCCUCACUAAAUGUAAUUAUUUGUAUAUCCACAACGAAGAGACUUGUUUAAAAGAUAUAAAUUGAAAGUGGUUUAUCCUAUGAGUAAAAUAAUGACACUUGUAAAUCUCCAGUGGUCAACAACGUUAAUAAAUGACUAUUAAGGAAUGUGUUUUCGCGGCAGUAUGUGAAGUCAAAAUAUAAGUAGACAUUUGUGUUCUAUAAAAUUGAUAUGCUUGUU